UGACAGGGCACAGUCAGGAAGAGCUUGCACUCCAGCUUAGCGUUCAGUUCGGCACAGACGCUCUUAGCCUCUCCUCUAGGUUUCUUUUGGGACUUUUGGUGCAGCCAAACAAACAAUAAGCAGCCAUGGAUGCCAUCAAGAAGAAGAUGCAGAUGCUCAAGCUCGACAAGGAGAAUGCCUUGGACAGAGCUGAGCAGGCUGAGGGAGACAAGAAGGCAGCAGAGGACAGGAGCAAACAGUUAGAGGAUGACAUAAGAGAGUUGGAAAAGAAAUUGCGUAUUACCGAAGACGAAAGAGAUAAAGUGGCUGAAGAGUUCCAAACUGCCGAGGAAAAGCUGCUGAGCGCUGAAGAGGUGGCCACGAAGGCUGAGAGCGAUGUCGCUUCCCUUAACAGACGCAUCCAGCUGGUUGAGGAGGAGUUGGAUCGUGCACAGGAGCGUCUGGCUACUGCUCUGACCAAGCUGGAGGAGGCUGAGAAGGCUGCUGAUGAGAGCGAGAGAGGCAUGAAGGUUAUUGAGAACAGGGCCAUGAAGGAUGAGGAGAAGAUGGAGCUGCAGGAGAUCCAGCUGAAGGAGGCCAAGCACAUCGCUGAGGAGGCCGACCGCAAAUACGAGGAGGUUGCCCGUAAGCUGGUCAUCAUUGAGAGUGACCUGGAGCGUACAGAGGAGCGUGCUGAGCUCUCAGAAGGCAAAUGCUCUGAGCUUGAGGAAGAGUUGAAAACUGUGACCAACAACCUGAAGUCACUGGAGGCCCAGGCUGAGAAGUACUCCCAGAAGGAGGACAAAUACGAGGAGGAGAUCAAGGUCCUGACAGACAAGCUGAAGGAGGCUGAGACUCGUGCUGAGUUCGCUGAGAGGUCUGUAGCCAAGCUUGAGAAGACCAUUGAUGAUUUGGAAGAUGAGUUGUAUGCCCAGAAACUGAAGUACAAGGCCAUCAGUGAGGAGCUGGACCACGCCCUCAACGACAUGACCUCCAUGUAAUUUGUCACCUCAUACCUGUGUGCCUGUCCCCCUCCUGCAUCUUCCCUCCUCCCCACGUUCCAGCCAUCACACCCCCCCCUGUUUCCUAUGUUGUUCUCUGCCUACUGUGUUCCUAUGAUCCACCUUCUGUUUCUAUUCAUAAAGACCAUAUGGUUCACUCGCAGCUCAUUUAUAUACUCACUGAGGAUAGUCUUAAAAGGAGACCUACUGUAUGUAGUAGUCCUUGGCCCUAUUCAUAGUGAUUUCCUCUUUCACACUUGUUCAUGUAGUUGGAAGGACUUUGUUUACUGCAGAAUGAUUUUGUCCAUACAGUAUGAACCUAUAGUCUUGUUUUUUAUGAGCAGAAAACAGCAUGGAGAUAGAGGACCUCCUAUUUUUUCAUUUAAAAUUUACUUUUCAUAACCUUUUGUAUUACUUUUUACUGCAAGCAAAAAGUAAUAAGUUAAUUUUUGUGAGUUCUUGUGAUUACAAAAUAAAAAAUACAUAAUAUUUAUUGCAAAAUAUUAAUCUUAAUAUUUUGGCAACCGUUAAACUAAGACUGCAAGGUGUCUGUUGAAAUGCAGUAGAUUGUGUGGAGCAUUUAAAUGAUUUUCAAGAAUUUGAGUGCCAAUUUGUUCUUCAGCGUUUCUUCUUUGUACCUUUUAUCAAGUGUAGCUCAUGCUCACUUGUUUACUACUAACAAGGUCUACUUCUUGUCCGCAGAAGAAAGGCCCAUGUGUGCUUCUUGAAGUCCCUUUGUGCUCAGUCAUAAUCCCAGUUGAAGUUGAACUUUAAAUCUCGUUGAUCUGGAGAGUUGACUUCUUGGAUUUUGUCCCAUGCCCCAUUGGGCAUGCAUAAGUCCAACUUAAGUUUCAGAGAUGAUGUAUGAGCAGCACCACUUAGAUCGAAGCUGUUGGGUCAAGUGCUGCUCCUCAUGACUCCUCAAAGGUCUUCAUGUGAUCAGAGGUUUGGUCCAGAUUUUCUUGUGUGUUUUGAGAUAGUUGCUCUAGAUGUCUCUACUGGACAGUGCAUUACAGUAGAGCAUUGUGGUUUACUGAAGCUUGUCCAGUGUGCCGUGGCUUCAGAUCACUGGUGUGAUGUUGCACCUGCAGCUGUCCACAUACCUCCCAGUAGUCCUCUGGUUCACUGUACCUCUUCUCUUCUACACAGAUAAAUUGUUUACACGUCAUCAAAGAAGCCUCCUGCCGGCUGAGCGGCAUCUGUCUGCACUCUCCAGCCUUUUCUCUGUUUCCCUCCCCCUCUCUGUCCUUGCUUUCCUUUACUCCCUGUGUUUUCCCCUUCAUGUCAACGUUGCAUAUCCCAUCUCUUGUACAGAACCUUUGAAUCUUUCUGCGUUGUGUAAAAAUAAACUUCCUUCCUUCUA